AUGAAUGUUGCAUUUAAAGGUCAAGUAGUACAUUUAGUAUUAGGGGGCGCACCUAGAGAUUGUGCUGAUGGACAGACUUGUUGUAAUAAGAAAUGCAUUGAUACCGAUUCUGAUCCAAAGAAUUGCGGAUCUUGUAACAACGCUUGUGCUGUUGGACAGACUUGUUGUAGUGGGAAAUGCAUUGAUACCAAUACUGAUGCAGCGCAUUGCGGAUCUUGUAACAACACUUGUAUUGUUGGACAAACUUGUCAAACCGGGAAAUGUGGCAGUCCCGGUUGUACUGCUGAUUCGCAAUGUCUCAGUGGUCAAUUGCAUAACGCGACCGCGGUGCUUCCUGCUCAGGGCAAAUGUAUUAGCAGUGUCUGCUAUCUUUGCCUUAGUUCAUGUGUGGGUAAACCAGUUUGUAAUUCAAUUAUUGAAACUGAAGGUGCUAAGCCAGUAAAGAAAGAUGAAUUAGGAGUUAGGAAUAUACAUGCUAAUGAAAUUAUUUUGGUGUCUAUCUAA